AUGGCAGACGAGAUCAAGCCGUCCGUCGUUUAUGACAGCCGUGAUGUGGAAAAGUCGAGCUCGCCAGGCGCAGAGAAGAGCGACGGAGCUGCGCUGGUGGUAUCAGACAAGCUCGCCCGCCAGCUUUCUGCUCGCCAGGUGCAGAUGAUUGCCAUCGCCGGCACGAUUGGAACCGGACUCUUCUUGGGGACGGGCAAGUCGCUGGCCACCGGAGGCCCUGCGUCGAUGUUGAUAUCGUACUCCAUCGUGGGAGCCAUCGUCUUCAUCACGAUGCUGUCUCUCGGUGAGAUGGCCACCUUCAUCCCCAUUGCCGGGUCUUUCUGUACAUAUGCUGGACGCUUCGUGGACGAUGCCUUUGGCUUUGCUCUGACAUGGAACUACUGGUUCAACGACGCGGUUUCAACGGCGGCAGACUUGGUUGCUCUGCAGCUUCUGCUGAAGUACUGGACUGAUUCCUUUCCAGGAUGGGCUUUCAGUCUCGUCUUCCUCUUCGUCCUGAUCGGACUGAACAUCGUGUCCGUCAGAGCAUACGGUGAAAUGGAAUAUAUCCUCAGUUUGCUCAAAGUUAUCACUAUAGUCGUCUUCAUCAUCCUUGGGAUCGUUGUCAACUGUGGCGGUAAUGUGGACCAUCAGUAUAUUGGCGGCAGCUUCUUCCUCAAGGGAGAUGCUCCCUUCGUUGGUGGAAUUGGUGGCUUUGCCUCCGUGUUCGUCACGGCCUCAUUCGCAUAUGGAGGAACGGAAUCCAUUGCCAUCACCGCUGGAGAGACCAAAGACCCCACGCGCAACAUGCCCAAGGUGAUUCGCAACGUAUUCUGGCGAAUCCUCAUCUUCUAUAUCCUCGCCAUUCUCAUGAUUGGUCUCAACGUCCCGUAUGACUACCCAGAGUUGACCACCAAGGACUCCCGGACCUCCCCCUUUACCAUCGUCUUCCAGCAGGCAGGCAGCCAUGUUGCAGGCAGCUUCAUCAAUGCCGUCAUCGUAACCAGCGUUCUCUCAGCCGGCAACCAUGCUCUGUUCGCCGGCACAAGGUUGCUCUACACCCUCGCCGUGAAUGGCCAUGGCCCAUCCAUCUUCGGGAAGCUUAACCGGUGGAAGACCCCGUGGAUUGCUGUCAUAGGCACAUCUGCCAUCAGUGGGCUUUGCUUUGGAGCAAGCUAUAUCGGCGCUGGUCAGCUGUGGACCUGGCUACAGAACAUUGUCGGUGUAUCCAAUCAACUCUCCUGGAUGGCCAUUGGAUAUUCCUCCCUCCGGUUCCGCAGGGCCGUCCGCCGGCAGAACCUCGAGCAUCUGCUCCCCUUCAAGAACUGGACCUACCCUUGGGGCCCCUUUCUGUCUAUCGGCCUUAACGGCGUGCUCAUCCUCGUCCAGGGCUGGUCAUCUUUCAGCCCUGAAUUCAAGCCAGUGGACUUUGUCAGCUUCUACAUCCAGAUUCCCGUCAUCUUGCUCAUGUUCCUAAUCUGGAAGUUUGCGGUCAAGAAGUCGAAAUUGGUCAAGCUCGAGGAGAUGGAUCUGUUGACCGAUAGGUACGAGGAGGCUCGUGUGGCUGGCGCUGCGGAUCUGGGCGCCUCUUCUGCCGUGGAGUUAACCGAUGGUUCCAAUAAAUGGCAGAAUAAGCUAAAGAGGGCUGGGCAAUGGGUAUUUUUGUAA